AUGAUAAGUAAAGCACACCGCACAUCCUCCAUGGUCUCAUUAGCCAGAAUCCUUCCCCUGGAUUUAAGAGCAAAAGAAAAUGAUGAACUGUACAAAAUAAAAAUAGGGAAACCACUUCCGCAAUUACCCGGCAGGGAGCUAGCGAAACCUGUUAGCCCAUACACUCUACUUCACCCACCAGAACGACAAAAGCUAUCAUACAGUUCAAUCACAACCGAAGACGAAUUGAAAUCUAUGGAAAACGAAUGGCCUUGUAUUUACACGGAUGGCAGCAAAAUAGCUGGUAGAGUAGGUGCUGCCAUUACCUGUUGGAAGGAAGGCCAGGAAAUAUACAAAGCAAGAUUGAAACUAGGAAACCACUGUAGUGUGUAUCAAGCAGAAUUAGCUGCCAUUUUGAAAGCCACAGAAGUGAUACAAAGCAAACACACACUCAGGAAAGCGAACAUCUUAAGUGACUCUCAAUCCGCACUCGAAUGUCUAACAAACCCUAAUACCCUACACCCUCUUGCAGCAGAAAUCUUGGAUCGGAUAUUAGAAAUAAGAAGAAAUCAAGGUGAAGUGAGAUUUUUCUGGAUAAAGGAAAAUUGCGGGAUUCCAGGAAACGAAAGGGCUGUCGAACUAGGCAAGUCAGCUGCUGAAACUUCUAAGCAAAAACCAGCAUUCGACUGCUUCCCCCUGUCAUUCGCAAGGCGCCUUAUCAGGGACAACAUUAUGCAAAACUGGCAAGAACGUUACACCACAGCGGAAACCGGACGAGUGACGAAGAAAUUCUUCUCAUCAGUAACUCAUGCAUAUAAGACCAUGACGAAAUUUCAUAUUAAUAACCUACGAUAUCAGAUUUUUACCGGCCAUGGAGGAUUUAAAGCGUAUUUGCAUAAGUUUAAGGUAGCGCAAAGUCCAUGUUGUGAUUGCGAUCAAACUACACCUCAAAUCGCUGAGUUUUACGCUCAAUUUUGA